ACUUUAAGAAAUUAAAAUAAAAUAAAUAAAUUUAGACCGAAAGAUUCAAUAAAGCAUUUAUUUCGUUGUUUGGAUUCCUUUUUUAUUUUUUUUUUCCCUCCAUAUUCUCUCUAAAAUAUUGGCUUCGUCGCUAAACUAACCUCCAAACAGAAGGAAAUAAUCCAGAGAAACUCACAGACAAACUGUCUGUUCUCUCUGUAACUUCCCAUGGACUCCCUUUUUUAGGUCUUCAAACCCUAGCUUUUAUUUUUUGUUUCCUAUUAUUCUGCGUUGAUCUUUCUACAUUUCUUUCAACAGUUUUUUUUUUUCUUCAUUCUUCUAGGAAUGACUUCGUCAGUAACCUCAGCUCCAUUUUGAUUUUUCAUAUUUUUUAGGCAUUUGGUUCAGUGUCUGGCACUAAUCGAACUGUUUUUUCUUUUUAUGGUUAAUUGAAACAAAUAACUAGUGUUGCUCGUUCUCAGUUCUUCCUAUUUUUUGGUAUUUUGAGUUUCGAAUCAGUUCUUGCUGAUUCCGAUCCGGUAUUUUUACUGAUUCGGACGGCAUUUCGUAUUCUGGGUUGUUCGAGAACGACCUACUGGGGGUUUCGGUACUAUUUAGUCGUGGAUUGUGGAGGAGGAAUUAUUUAGGGUUUGUGAGAUGGGCAUGUGAAUUCUAGGAUUGACGAGAGAUAGAGAGGGACAGAAGAGGGGGAUAUGGAUGACAGAGGUGGGUCAUUUGUUGCUGUCAGGAGGAUAUCUCAAGGUCUCGAACGAGGUAGCAACACCUGCCAUUCAACGUCUGCUGAGGUUGUAGCAGGAUCAGCAGCAUGGCUUGGUCGUGGUCUUUCUUGUGUGUGUGCACAGAGACGAGAGAAUGAUGCUCGCCCUUCAUUUGAUUUAACCCCUGCCCAGGAGGAAUGCUUGCAGAAGUUACAAAGUCGCAUAGAUGUUGCCUAUGAUAGUUCAAUCCCUGAGCAUCAGGAAGCCUUGAGGGCUCUAUGGAAUGCCGCCUUUCCUGAAGAAGAACUUUGUGGUUUGAUAUCUGAGCAGUGGAAGGAAAUGGGCUGGCAAGGGAAGGAUCCAUCAACAGAUUUUAGGGGUGGUGGUUUUAUAUCAUUGGAGAACUUGUUGUUCUUUGCUAGAAAUUUUCCGAAGUCCUUCCAGGAUCUUCUUCAAAAGCGAGAAGGUGAUCGGUCAGUAUGGGAAUACCCAUUUGCUGUAGCUGGUGUCAACAUCACAUUCAUGCUCAUUCAGAUGCUUGAUCUUGAAGCAGUCAAGCCACGAUCAAUGGUUGGAGCAACUUUUUUGAAGUUCCUAGCAGAGAGUGAAUCAGCAUUUGACUUCCUCUACUGCAUCACGUUCAAGCUAAUGGACCAUCAAUGGCUUACCAUGCAAGCAUCAUAUAUGGACUUCAAUACGGUUAUGAAAUCCACACGUCGUCAGCUUGAAAGAGAGCUUCUACUCGAAGACAUAACACGGCUAGAAGACUUGCCAUCUUAUGGCCUUCUUACACGGUAGGAUAGCAGUUGGAGUGUUAACUGUUGUAACAGCAAGAUCUGUGCCAGAAGCAGGCAUAUUCUGUUUUUCUUUUUCCUUUUUUUUUUUUUAGGUUAUUGCAGCCGCCUUCUUUUUAUCUCUUUUAGUUAGAUGGUUUUAUGCAUGAUAUAAUGGUUCUUGUCAUAACUUCGCUUGAAGCAAUGACGCCGAACUCAUUGAAUCAAAGAAGUGAGUUGUUGAGUUUCUCAAGUUUCUUGUACUGGGAAAAGGAAAGAAGAAAGUAUCCAGAGUUUCUAAGGAGAAAUCAUUGGGGUAUGCGUGAUUGCAUUUUAGGUUCCAAAUACAGUUGGUCAUUUGUUGCAUUAUAUGGAAGACCAAGUCUGCAGUGCCCUCACAUGAUCCUGUAGAUCAUUGUAGGUAGGUUGGAUUGUUUAUGUCUAUUGCAAGUGAAAGUGGAAUUCAGGCCCGCUUUCCUGUUGAGUGCCUUUUCUUUCUUUUUUUGCUUGUGGAACUGGUGAGCAUUGCUGGAGAUCUUGAAUUUUCUGGCAGCUCGUAGAUCGGCUUCACCGCUAGACAUGGAAUGGCAUUUGUUGUUGCAGAUCUUUAUCAUGACAUGCAUCAUCUGACAUGUAUGGGCCUUUUAUCAGUUUAUAAAACCUUAUGUUAUUUUUCAA